AUGACAGCCACCACCAUCGAUCUCAUCUCCAAGCUCACAGUUGACGAAAAAGUGAGUCUUGUAGCAGCCGUUGACUGGUGGCGCACACCAACCAUCAACCGAGAAGAUGUCUUCAUCCCUCAUAUCAAAAUGUCCGAUGGUCCCAAUGGCGCCCGUGGCGAGAGCUACGUGAGCGGCAUCACGGCAGCUUGCUUUCCCUGCUCAACCGCCGUUGGAGCCACGUUUGAUUCAGAGCAGGCAUAUAUGCUGGGCAAAGAGAUCGCAAAAGAGACCAAAACGAAAUCCGCAAAUGUUCUCCUCGCGCCGACCAUAAACAUCAUAAGGUCUCCUCUCGGUGGAAGAAACUAUGAGACCUACUCUGAGGAUCCCUACCUCAUUGGAACUUUGGCAUCAGCGUUUGUUCGUGGUUGUCAGAGUGAAGGCAUAGCUGCUACGCCGAAACACUUCGUUGCCAAUGAGUCCGAGAAGUCAAGGACAAGGAUGACAUCUAACAUCGAUCGCCAGACCUUGCGGGAAAUAUACAUGCUUCCCUUCCAGCUGGUGAUGCGUGAUUCAGAUCCCUGGUGUUUCAUGACCUCAUAUAAUCGCCUUAACGGGGAGUACUGUGCAGACAGUCAAUGGUUACUUGAGGAAGUGCUCCGCAAAGAAUGGGGGUUCAGUGGUCUUGUUGUUUCCGAUUGGAUGGGAACAUAUUCCACCGCUCAAGCACUCAACUCUGGUCUGGAUCUCGAAAUGCCAGGUCCUACGAGAUGGCGUGGUCAGAAGCUUCUGGAGGAGAUUGAAGCUGGUACUGUGACCACUGAGACUCUCGAUAAGAGUGUUGGUAGGGUUAUCGAACUUGCGAGAAAGACGGGCCGGUUUGGAGAUCCUAUUGAGAAGCCAGAACGUUCAGUAGAAGACCCAGAAAGACUUGAGUUCAUCACCUCCAUCGCAGCAGAUGGAAUGGUUCUUCUCAAGAACGACAACAACAUCCUACCGCUCUCCCCAAAGGUUUCAGUUGCUGUUAUAGGUCAUCAUGCUCUCCAUCCCAGUAUCGGCGGUGGAGGCAGCGCAAAGGUUCUAGCCCAGCACAUCAUCUCGCCUCUCGACGGCCUCAAAGCUCAAAGUGUCAACUGUCGUCAUGCACCGGGCGUCCCAGUCUUUGGUGCCCUACCCCACGCAGAGCCUGAGACUCUUUCGCCUGUUCAGCUCCGCUGGUUUAACAGCUCUGUAGUUGGCGAGAGGCUUGCUCAUGAACAGGCAAUCACGCUACCAGAGUACAUGAUCAAGGAGGCUUGGCCUGCAUAUCUCAACAAAGAAUACUGCACUAGCAUGUCGUUUACUCUACGCCCAAUGACAAGCGGAAGCCAUGUAUUCUCUGUCAUUACUACUGGAAAGGCAGAUGUGUUGGUCAAUGGAGAUAAGGUCUUUUACCGUCCACAGGAGACGGUCCUUCUCCCCGAGUCCUUCUACUUCUACAAAGCCAAGAUUGAGCGACGCUUCACUCUUGAUAUGAUUGCUGGCCAGGAGUACAAGAUCGAGUUACACUCUUGGGCGACUGAUCCCGAGCUUCUCUCCAAGAUUGGCGGGACCAUAUUCCAGGGCGCCAGUCUUCGCUUCAUGGAGCACGUCGACAUCCCUCGCGCUAUCCAAGAUGCCGCAGUUGUCGCUGCCUCUUCUGAUGUUGCGGUUGUCUUUGUAGGCACGACUAAUGAACUUGAGUCAGAGGGCUAUGAUCGCGACACAAUGGACUUAACAUCUGAUCAGUAUGACCUGAUCAACGCAGUGGUAGCUCUCAAUCCUCGCACGGUCGUCGUCAAUCUCUCAGGGUCUCCCGUCACAGUAUCUCCCUUCAUCGAUCAAGUACCCUGCUUUCUUCAAGCUUGGUUCGCUGGUCAAGAGUGCGGCCACGCCAUAUCCCGCGUUCUUCUCGGACAUGUCAACCCAUCGGGCCGUCUUCCCAUGUCAUGGCCGAGGAGAAACGAAGAUAACCCAGCCUAUCCAAACUUCCCUUGCGACGAUAAUCUCGAGCUCAAUUAUGAAGAGCGUCUCAAGGUUGGUUAUCGCUUUUACGAUGAGGAGUGUGCACCAAAGCCUCAGUUUCACUUUGGCGAAGGGCUUUCGUACACGACAUUUGAGUUGACAGGGCGGGCAAGUGUGACCUCAACGUUUGAUUGCACUAACACGGCCGAGACUUUACUUUUAUCGGAAGUGAAGAAUACGGGCACGAAGGAUGGUAAACAAGUGGUUCAAGUGUAUGUGACUCCCCCAUCAUGCGACGGGAAUCCACGACCAGUCAAGGAUCUCAGAUCGUACUGCAAAGUAUUUGUCCAGGCUGGGCAAACAGAAAAGGUCAAGUCCAAGCUGGACAAGUAUGCGUUUAGCUACUUUGAUACCGCUGUGGACAAGUGGAAGAUGCCACAGGGCGAAUUCCUUCUACAUAUCUGCUUCAGCUCCGCGGAGAUCCUCCAGACUGUCACUGUUACAAAUCCGAAGACUCAGUAUUGGACAGGGCUGUGA